UUCUGACAAAAAGUCGCGUUUUACUAGCGCCCUCUACAACUACUACUGAGUUACGGUAACCAAACCGGGUUACCUAGCCACGGUGGAGCGCUAGUAUGUCGCGACUUUUUUUUGUAUGGAUACUAUGUAUGUAUUUAUGUAACUUGAUAAGAACAUUUGGCGCCGUCAUAUUAUUGUUCGUUGUGCAACCAUAGUAUCCAUAUCCGUGGUUCGAGCCAUUCGUGGUGGCGCAUGCGUAUAGAACAUUUUUGAACAAGAACAACCGCCAUAAUGUUUUUAUUUUUUAACGGAAAAUUUACGUCGUUAACGGAAAAAGCUUUGUGCCCUUUGUGGCUUUGUAGUUUGUAGUUCGUCGUCGUCCUCCUCGUGUUGUAUCGUCGCCGUAUUUCCGUUUCGGGUUAUCGUGCGCGUCACUGUCCAAUGUUCAAUGACUUUUAAUCUUAACGUUCUGUAUAAUGUGUAGGUCUGUCAGUGUCCAGUGAGUUCAGACUCAUUUGUUGCAACUAUACUUAGAAUAUAAUUCCCAAACGUUUGGGUUUUCUGUUUUAAUAUUUAUCUACGUUAAUUUUGCAAUAAAAGUUAUUCCGCUUUCAAGUACUACUUCCACAUCGAAAUGGAUGCAAAUGAGCUCAGCUUAGUUGAAAAUGAAUAUGAUGAUGGUGUGGUAUGUUUUGGUCCAGUGACUGAAAGUCAACUAAAUAGAUAUAAAAGAUUACCACGUCGCACUGUUUUACCAUCAGAUUUCGAAUUAAGUCAAUCCCUUUUUGAGCAAGAUGAAGAUAAAAAAAAUGACCGAUCUACUGUCUUGGAUGAAAAUACAUCAACAUGUGUUGAUAAUUCAAGCAAUUUAACAAAAAAAAUUGAUGAAGAAAAAGAAGAAAUUGAAACAACCGAAUUAAAACAAAGCUUUUCUGAAGAUGCUUAUUCAAAAUUUUCUUCGCCGUGUUUCUCAAAGUGUAUACCAAAUGCAAAGUUGAUGGACACAGAAGUUAUUAAUAGAUACAUCAGAAUGGGAUCAACAUCGUCAAAUGAUUCAUCUUUAUCAGAAGAUCAAAAUAAGUCUACAUUUGAAGAUGAAACCGUUAGCUUUACAGAUGCCCAAGAAAUGGAGUCAAUUCAAGACAAUUAUGUCUUUGAUGAAACUAGUACCUGUGAACACUUUUCUGUUUCAAGUGCUAUUGAGCAAAGCGCUAGUAUCAACCAACAAAAUGUGUUAGAUGAUUCUAAUAAUGUAUGCACUUUAAUACAUUGUAGUCAAAAAGACGAUACAGAUUUAAGUAUUUGUAGUGACUCAGAACUUGGAGAUGUUACUGAAGAUUCAAUUGUUGCUGAUGAAUAUAGUGUUACACCUGGAAAACAGAGAUUGUUCGAUUUGCGAGUCACUAAACAAUCGCUUCGUGCUAAGGCUCUCGUAGCAUCUGCUCCAUUUAUGGAUAGAAUUGAAGAAACUACAACUCCUGUAGUGCCUAAAGUUCUUGAUUCUCCUUUAAUUUUAAAUAACAUUAGUUAUAGACGCUCAGAAAUCAAUGAUAAUUUAAAUGUUUUAUCAAUUACUGAAAUACGUCAUGGUACAUCUAUUGAGCAUUUCAAUCAAACUUCUAAUGAAAAUAUGUUUGAAACUUCAAAGCUUAUUGAUGAAACUGCGGGAGAAUUAUUGAUAUCAACCGAUUUGAAGAAUGAUAUAGCCUCUGUGAAUAAAAGUGCGGAUACUAUGUUUGAUGAAACAAUGAACACAAUUAAACAUUCAACAGACAGCAAGGGUAUGAAUGUUAACAAGUUGUUAAUUAAAACUGAUCGAAUUGAAAAUACUUUAAAUGAUAUGGUGCAUACAUCUGAUAAUGAACAGUCAAUGAAUAUCAUGACCGACAUUACUAUUCCAACAGACUUAAAUAUUCAUUAUGAUAAAGAAGACUUAAUUGCUGCACAAAUCAAUGCUAUAUCAACAAAUACCAGUGUAGAUGAUAAAAUAUUUGAUGAAACUGUGAAGAUUAAUAAACUUUCAACAAACAACCAAAGUACUGAUUCAAAUAAAUCCUUAAAUGGAACUUACAUUGAAAAUACUUUAAAUGACAUUGAACACAAAUUCGAAGUUGAAAAGUCUAUGAAUAUUAUGUCCAAUAUGUCUAUAUCAACAUCUAAUGUCAAUGAUCAUCAUAAAGAUGAAGAAUUCUCAGUUGCCAUGGAAGUUGAUAUUAAAUCAGCUAAUACUAGUGUGGAUAAAGAGUUAAGUAAAACAGUGUGGACUCGUAGGCUUUCAUUAAACAACCAAAGUACUGAUUCAAAUAAAUCUUUAAAUGAAACUAAUAUCGAAAAUACUUUAAAUGAAACUGAACACAAAUUUGAUGGUGAAAUGUCUAUGAAUAUUUUGUCCAACAUGGCUAUACCAACAUCUGAUGUCAACAAUGAAGAAUUCUCAGUUUCCAUGGAAGUUGAUAUUAAAUCAACUAACACUAGUUGUGUGGAUAAAGAGUUAGACGAAACAAUUUGCACUAAUAGGCAUUCAAUAAACAAUCAUAUUAUUGAUUCGAAUAAAUCCGUAAAUGAAAAUAAUAUCAAAAAUACUGUAAAUGUCACUGAACACAAAUUUGAUGGUGAAAAGUCUAUGAAUAUUAUGUCCAAUAAAGCUAAUCCAUUAUCGAGUGCAGAUGAGUAUAAUGAUGGAGAAAACUCAAUUACUACAGAAGUUGGUAUUAUAUCAAUUAGUACCAGUGUAGUGGAUAAAAUAUUUGACGAAACAGUGUACACUAAUACACUUUCAACAAACAACCAAAGUAUGGAUAUGAAUAAAUCCUUAAAUGAAACUAAUAUCGAAAAUACUUCAGAUGUCACUGAAAACAAAUUUGACUGUGAAAAGUCUAUGAAUAUUUUGUCCAAUGUGGCUAUACCAACAUCUGAUGUCAACAAUGAAGAAUUCUCAGUUUCCAUGGAAGUUGAUAUUAAAUCAACUAACACUAGUUGUUUGAAUGAAGAGUUCAACGAAACAAUUUGCACUAAUAGGCAUUCAAUAAACAACCAAAUUACUGAUUCGAAUAAUUCCUUAAAUGGAACUAAUAUCAAAAAUACUCUAAAUGUCACUGAACACAAAUUUGAUGGUGAAAAGUCUAUGAAUAUUAUGUCCAAUAUACCUAAUUCAAUAUCGGGUGUAGAUGAGUAUAAUGAUGAAGAAAACUCUAUUGCUUCAGAUGUUGAUAUUAUAUCAGUUAGUAAUAGUGUAGUGGAUAAAAUAUUUGAAGAAACCGUGUACACUAAUACACUUUCAACAAACAACCAAAGUAUGGAUAUGAAUAAAUCCUUAAAUGAAACUAAUAUCGAAAAUACUUCAAAUGUCACUGAAAACAAAUUUGACUGUGAAAAGUCUAUGAAUGUUAUGUCCAACAUGGCUACUCCAACAUCUGAUGUCAACGAUGAAGAAUUCUCAGUUGCCAUGGAAGUUGAUAUUAAAUCAACUAACACUAUUUGUGUGGAUAAAGAGUUAAACGAAACAGUUUGCACUAAUAGGCAUUCAAUAAACAACCAAAUUACUGAUUCGAAUAAAUCCUUAAAUAAAACUAGUAUCAAAAAUACUCUUAUUGUCUCUGAACACAAAUUUGAUGGUGAAAAGUCUAUGAAUAUUAUGUCCAAUAUACCUAAUUCAAUAUCGGGUGUAGAUGAGUAUGAUGAUGAAGAAAACUCUAUUGCUUCAGAUGUUGAUAUUAAAUCAGUUAGUACCAGUGUAGUGGAUAAAAUAUUUGACGAAACCGUGUACACUAAUACACUUUCAACAAACAACCAAAGUAUGGAUAUGAAUAAAUCCUUAAAUGAAACUAAUAUCGAAAAUACUUCAAAUGUCACUGAAAACAAAUUUGACUGUGAAAAGUCUAUGAAUGUUAUGUCCAACAUGGCUACUCCAACAUCUGAUGUCAACGAUGAAGAAUUCUCAGUUGCCAUGGAAGUUGAUAUUAAAUCAACUAACACUAGUUGUGUGGAUAAAGAGUUAAACAAAAUAGUGUGCACUAAUAGGUAUUCGAUUAACAAUCAAAGUACUGAUUUGAAUAAAUCCUUGAAUGAAAAUGAAACCAAUAUCGAAAAUACUUUAGAUGACUCUGAACACAAAUUUGAUGGUGAAAUGUCUAUGAAUAUUAUGUCCAAUAUAGCUACUCCAUUACCAGGUGUAAAUGAUUAUUUUGAUAAAGAAAACUCAAUUGCUACAAAAGUUGAAAUUAAAUCGAUUAAUACCAGUAUAGUGGAUAAAAUAUUUGAUGAAUCAAUGUUAAUAAAUGCUAAUAAACUUUUAACAGACAGCAGAUUUAUGAAUCGUAACAAAUCCUUAUAUGAAACUGAAAGCACUUUGAAUAAUACUGAACACAGGUUUGUGAAUAAUAUCCAAAACACCUCUGUUUCAGCCGUACAUUUUGAUGAAAAGUUGCAUUUAAGUAAACUGGAUAAUAGUAUAUUAAAAAACACAAUCAAUUCUGAUAAUUCAUUUGUAGGAAUUAACGAAGUUAAUAUAACUUGCAAUACAUCACUAGAAGACCCGUCAUGUAUGAUGAGACAAUAUUUAGACUUUGAACAAGCUGUGAAUGAAAUGUGCAAUGAUAUUUCAUCAGCAAGUGGUCCUGUUGGAAAAUCUAAUAAGCCAAAAGAAAGUUAUGACGAUGAAACUCUUGAAAACUUGAUCGAACAAACACUUUCUUCUAAUACAUUCAAUCUAACGAAAGAAAAUGAAAAUGUCUCGAAUUAUGAAGGGUCAAACUUAUCGGUCAUUAUUGAAAAUAAAUCUCUAGAAACUUCUUGUAACAACAUUGAGCAAAAUGAAGAAUUUGUCAGCCCCAAUAAUGAUGUACCAAUUACUUUGGAGUCUGAAAAUAUUGUGAAGGAAGUCAAUGAUAUUGAAUUCUUGAAUAAAUCAACAGCUUUAAAUACAGUAGCUACUCCUUCAAAAUCUGAAGUUGGUUUAGCAUAUGGAACAGAUGUUAAUACUCAAAUCAAAGCAAAAGAAAGUAUUUCAAUAAAUUGUACUAUUAAAGAUUCAGGAUUAGUUGAAAAUAUAAAUGAAACUAAACGUAAUGGAAGUUCAAUGUCUAGUGAUGAGUCAUCCAAAAUGGAACUUGAUACAUUUACCAAAAUUAAUAAAAACUUGAAUAAUAUCACUACUAAACAAAUAUUUAUCUCUGAAGAUGUCAAUGAAAUACAUUCAACACAAAAUACUUUGGAUGAAAACAACUUAUAUCUAAUAGCCGAUCAAAUUAAUACAACCGACAUUCCUAACUCCACUGCUUUUAAACUUAUUCCAGAUACAGAAAUAACUCAAAAAAACCUAAUUGAUCAAGAUGAAUUACUUAAUAAUGACAAUCAGCAACAAGAUUUAUUGGAUACAACUAAAUGUGUUGAUAAUAGCUUAGAAGAGUUUACAAAUCUAGAACAGAUGUUUAAUUUUGGAGAAAAUAAAAAAGGAAAACAAGUUGAAUAUAAGACUCCCAAGACACAAAAACUAUUAGAUUUUAGUAUUAUUCAACAAACGCCUACUUUUGAUAAUCCAGCGAAGAAACAGAAGCUAUUAAAUUUCAGUAUUGUUGACCAAACUCCAAUAUUACAAAGUACACAAAUUGAAAAUGUUAUCAACGAUGACAGUUUAAUAAAUUUCAGUUCAGUUGAUCAAAUGUGGAAUUCAGAAGUAGUGACAAAAGAUGAAAUUAAUUUUAAAGAUUUACAAAACUCUUCCAAUUAUUCUUCAUCAAACAAUCUAUCAACAAUUUCAGCUCCUGAUUUAGAAUUAUUAGCGGACGAGUCAAUUAAAAGAAAUACAUCAAAUUUCAGUAACUCAUCUUUUGAUCAAACAAUAACUGAUUCAAAUUUAAAUCUGUCUACUUAUUCUUGUGCAAGUAAUAAGACUCAAAAUGGUAUAACAAGAUUAAAUAAUCUGAAACCAUUGCUAUUGAUCAACAGGCAGAUUAUUGCUGACAAACCUUCUGACUCUUCAAAUCAAACAAUUGAACAGAAUGAGUCAAUACCAAAAACAUUUUAUGACCAACACUGUGUUGCGGAAGCAUCUACUAAAGUAGUAAAACCCGACUUAAAUUUGUUAUCAAAUACUACUUCAAACAAAAACAUUGAUUCUACAGAAUUUAAAGAUGAUUCAAACCAAGACCCGUGUUUCAACUCAAAUGAACGUGCCAUUAUAGAUUUCAGCAUUAUCGACCAAGGAAUAUUGGAAAAUGUUGAAUUAAAAAACAAUACUGAUAUAACAUCUUUUAAAUCUGAUAGAAAUGUUUCUAAUCUAAUUGAAAUGUCUUUUGUUACUAAAUCUGAAGAGCAAACAAUUAUUUCAUCUGGAAAUCCAAUAAUACCUAUAACUUCUCACAGUAGAUCUGAAAACUCUAUACAUAGUAGUUCUGCUGAAAUGAAUAGCACAGCUCUACAAUUAGAAGAAUCUACAUUUUUACACAGUAACACUGAAUUGUUAACUGAUAUACAGAUGAACGAUGAGUCGCUUCUUAUAGAAUCGCCAGAUAAGAGUUCAAUUAUCGAUUCUUUUCAUAGUAUUGAAUUGGAUCAUGUACAGGAAGAUAAUAAAAGGAAAAUGGAGACUACUGAAGAAUAUGAUAAUAACGAAAAGAAAAUGAAAGUAGAGACUGAGAUGCUGAAGACACCAAUGUCGAUGCUCUAUAAAAUUAAAAAUAUGUUCAGGAGCAGUGAAAGACAACCAUGUUGUGUAAAUAAUACAAAAGAAAACAAUUUGAAAUCAAACAAAUGCUAUCAAAAAUUAAAUUUUAACAAAUUUGAAGAAAAUAAUGAAGAUUUUACUAAACGAAUAACACUAAAAAAACCAGAAGUCAUAGUAAAAAGUAAAAUACCUUGCAAAGUCACUGACAGAUCAUUAACAAAAAAUGAUGAAUUUAAUAGUUCAUCUCUAUCAUCCCUUAAUGAUAGUAUUAAACAAAAAAAAACCAUACCAAAGUUUUCCGGAGUUCCCGUAUUAUCUGAUGUAUCCAAUUCGUCAAACAGAAAGGGUGCAGAAAGUCGUAUACCUUUCAAAUUUCAAAAAUAAUGUCAAUCACAAAUUAUUUUUAUAGUUAUUAUUUAAUUUUUAUUUUAGUUUAGUUAUUUAUUAUGAAAAUAAGGCAAAUGUAUUAGUAAAAAA